GAAUGACUUGUCAAUCUUCUCAGACUGCGGCAGUUUACUUCUCUGGCCUCGUGUUAGUUUAUAAUAAUAUCUGAGUAACCUUCAAUUAUUUGGGUUUAUACAAAGUCACAUGGAACAUUUUCUCUGAUGUAAUACAGAAAAUGUGGCAACAAUGGCGCUUUAACAGAUCUAACAGCCUUUAGUAUAUACUUUUUGUAAUUUUGUUUUUAUUUUGAUUGAUCUCAAUUUGUAAACAGUGGAAGUUUGACUGCAGUUUUAUUUGGACUAUGAUGGACAACACCGAAGGAGAGCAUUUAGAUUUGCAUGGGGAUGAAGAGAUAAUAGAAGUGGUCGAGCUAAACGACGUGGACCCUACGCCAGAUGAUUUGGCUGAAGAUUUUGAAGAUGUUGAUUUUGCAGAAGGAGGUGUAGAGGAUGAUGAAGGAUGGGAAACAGAAGAUGAGGGAGGUGAGGAACAGAUGGAAUCUUCUCGAGAUGACAGUGAACUCACUUUUUCCAAGCACACAGGAUCUGUAUUCUGUGUUAAUUUGGAUCCAGUUUCAAACUGCCUGGCUGUUACUGGAGGUGAAGAUGACAAAGCUUUUGUUUGGAGAGUUAAUGAUGGAACGCUGCUUCUAGAGUGCACAGGACAUAAGGAUUCAGUCACAUGCUCAUCCUUCAGCUAUGACUCAUUGCUAGUUGCCACCGGAGACUUGAGUGGCCUCAUCAAAGUUUGGAAGGUGGAGACAAAAGAAGAAAUCUGGUCUUUUGAAGUUGGAGAUCUAGAGUGGAUGGAGUGGCAUCCUUGUGCACAUGUUUUAGUUUGUGGCACUGCUGAUGGAAAUGUUUGGAUGUGGAAGAUCCCAAGUGGGGAAUGCAAAACAUUUCAAGGUCCUGGAUGUCAGACAACCACUGGUAAAAUCUUGCCUGAUGGAAAGAGAGCUAUUGUUGGUUAUGAAGAUGGAACAGUCCGAAUUUGGGACCUCAAACAAGGAAGUCCCUUGCACAUCAUCAAAGGAUUGGAUGGUCACCAGGGGGCCUUAACAUGUGUAGCCUGCAACAAGGAUGGAAGCCUUAUUCUAACUGGUUCAGUGGACUGUAGAGCAAAACUUAUUAGCACGGUUUCGGGCAAGGUUGUGGGUACAUUCACAGCUGAAGGAACUAAGUCUAGUAGUGCAUCAGCAGAGGAAGAGUCGGAGUCUAACUCGGUUGAGUCUGUGGGAUUCUGUAAUACGUUGCCUCUGAUUGCUGUUGCAUAUCUGGAUGGGACCUUGGCCAUUUUUGAUCUUCCUACGCAGACUCUGAGAAAUAAAUGUCAACAUGAGGCAGGCAUUGUGCAUUUGCAGUGGGAAGAUAAUUCAUGUCUAGUCUACACCUGUAGUCUGGAUGGAUCAAUACGAAUAUGGGAUGCUCGCACAGGAAACUUGGUUAUGGACUACCUUGGACACACAGCAGAAAUUCUCGAUUUUGCCCUUAGCAAAGAUGCUUCAAUCGCAGUGACUGCCUCUGGAGAUCAAAAAGCCAAAGUUUUCUGUCUUCAGCGACCAGACAGAUAAAUAUUUCUGUUCUCAAAGUUUCAUUGAGAAAUCAGUAUUUUCUGGGCAACUUUCUUCUUAGUACAGCUUGAUUUUUUCCAAAGGAUGAGUGGAUUGCGUGUAAUUGGAGAGUCAGAAUAAUAAUUAAUCUCAGGACGUAUUUGAAAUUACACUUUUAUUUUUUAUUGUAUUUUGUCCAGUUUAUGUAUCUCAUUAUGUCUGUAACAGAAGUAAUAAGAGUAUUUUUAAUAGGUUUUGUCAUUGCACAGGACUCAUUAAACAAAGUACAUUACUGAAAUUAAUGUUUCUAAGAGUGGACAUUAUCAGAUAAAUACAUUUGUGUUUUUUAAAUUAACGUAUGAAGUGUCCCUAUAUAAGUUUUGAAACUUAUAAACCAAUCACUGUACAUCAUUUAUUCAGAAUUCACACAGUAAAAAACCCAGCAUGAAUAGAAUGUUUUAUUGCUAUGUGAUAAGAGUUUUUUAAGAUCAUUUUUAAAGUUUUGUGUGUCUUCAUUACACAUUUUAUAACUGGAACAAGAAGCAAUGUUUAGUAAAAAAAAAAAAACGUUUUUUGCAGACUUAAUUUGAUUUGAUUUGUUUUUCUACUGUUAAUGAUAAGCUGAGACCAUUAUGUAAGAAGGAUUAAUAUUUUGAAGACUGUAAACAUAAUGCUUCCUGCACUUUCAUUUGCAACACAAAUAUUUUAGGAAUAUUUGGUCUGAAAAUGAUACAUGAAGUCUAAAUCACUACAGCCUAUUGUAUUUCUAAUAUUCAUCUUGAGUGUAUAUGGAAUGUUCCAGUUCAUUUCAAUAAUAAAAUACACUUUUAGUUAAAA